AUGGUGCCUCCUCAUCCUCUUCAGCGACUCACUUCACCUUCACGGUCCCUCUCACUGCUGCUCCAUAUCCUUGGAGCGGUCUCCUUCAGCUACAACUUCUACUUUCUCACCGCCUGGGACACCCCCUUCUCGAUCGCUUUUGGAUGGCACUUUCAGUUCCUGACCAUCAUUGGGUUGGCAAUAUCGCUGCUGUCCUUCGUGCUUGGCAUCUUCGCCGAUCUUACUCUGAGCCCAGCGUUGUUCAGGGCUAAGAACGCCGUCGCUGUGGUCGCUACGCCGCUGGAAGUUGUCAUUACGAUCUUAUAUUGGGGCAUCCGCUUCAUUGAUCCCCAGCUGCUGUUCCAGGGCGAUCUCCAGCUCGAUCUACUCCCUGACCUGGGAUUUCACUUUGCUCCCGCUGUCUUUUUGGCCCUCGACCUCAUCUUGUUCAGCCCGCCAUGGACCAUUCCUGCAUACACGAUCAUGGCCCUGAGCACAGGCUUUGCCUUUGCCUAUUGGUACUGGGUUGAGCUCUGCUACCGACAUAACGGAUGGUACCCUUACCCAAUCUUUGCGCUGCUGUCCACUUCUCAGCGUGCACUGCUUUUUACCUUCUCUGCGGCCCUGCUCACCGUGUCAUCCUCGGCGCUCAAGUGGAUUUAUGCGAGGGUGAACGGCUAUGAGAAGGCUCAGAGGGAGGCUUACAAGCCUCUGAAGAAGAUGCAAUAG